ACCUCUAUGUAUAGCUGAUUCUAUUCUCGUAGUUGUUAGUAAUACAAACAGUGCACACUCGAAUCAAGUGCAUCUGCUUCAACACUGUCACUUUAGAACACAUCAUGGACAGUCAAUGGUGCUGUGAAUGUCUUCACAGACAGGUUUGACUGUGUGAGCAUUUCUCUGGAGUUCAGAUGAAAAUGAGAGGAGGUAACCUGAUGGAGACAGGCAGCUGUGCUGGCUCAGAGAUCGACGUAAGGAAAACGGUUUACCAGCCAAUGGGUUUCAUGGAAAAAACUGUGAAAGUGAAAUUUGCCGAAAGUGUUUUUACGGUGGACAGAAGCCUCCUGGAGGAGCAUUGUGAAUACUUUCGAGCGCUUUUCCAGUCUGGCAUGAAGGAAUGCCAGGAGGAUGAGGUUUGUCUUCAGGUGCCGAGCGCGCGUGGAUUCCUGGUCGCCCUCCGUGUGAUACAUAGUGAAAGACCCAUGCUGAGCGGUGAUGAAAUUGUUGACGCCAUCGAGUGUACUGCGUUUCUCCACAUAGAGAUUCUAACUGAGCACCUCAUAAACAUUAUCACUUCAGACAACUGCCUUCUUAUGUAUCACACAGCGGCGACCUUUGGGUUAUUGAAGCUCUUCAGGAGUGCAGCUUUGUUCAUUCGAGACAUUUAUGAAGACCUCAAAGAAGAUGUGAAGGGCUUGCCAGAAGAUUUGAUUGAAUAUAUAGAGCCUCUUGUUCCUAGUACGUACAUCAUGGUUGGUAGUCAUUCGCCAACCAUCAAGCUGUUGCAGGACUUCAUGAGGACUGUUUGUUAUCUUGAUGAGGACGAGAAAGACUGGAAGGUUCUCACCCAUUUGCCUCUCAACGCCAGCACCACCAUGGCAGGAGUUACCGUUUUAGACAACAAGCUCUACAUUGUUGGAGGAGUCUAUGAUAUUACCAAUAAAGUUGUGGAGUCUGGUUUCUGCUAUGAUGUAUCUACUGACACUUGGAGCACAUUUUCCAGCCCUCGGCAACUUCGCUACAACUGCACCCUUGUUAGCCAUGUGGGCGACCUUUUUGUCAUUGGUGGAGAGUAUGAAAAGAACAUAAUGUCCUCUGUGGAGAGGUACAAAGUCUCUUCGGAUACCUGGAGCUUUGCUGCCAAUCUGCCAAGACCUGCAUCCAACGUCGCUUGCGCCAAAGCCAUGAGAAGACUUUUCAUAUGUCUUUGGAGACCUAAAGAUGCUACUGAGAUUUAUGAGUACACAGCCAACAAGGAUGAAUGGAUAUUAAUCACAACACUUGUUCGGCAUCAAAGUUACGGUCAUUGCAUGGUGGGCCACAGGGACAAUUUGUACGUCAUGAGGAACGGGCCAUCUGAUGAUUUUUUGAAAUGCAUGAUGGACUGUUACAAUCUGACCUCAGGUCAGUGGACGGCCAUGCCCGGGCAGUACGAGAACAGUAAGGGGGCUUUGUUUACCGCGGUAGUGCGAGGGGACUCUGUGUUCACGGUGAAUCGCAGAGCGACAGUGGAAUAUGCCAUUGAGGACAACAAAUGGAGGACAAAAAAAGAAAUGACAGGGUUUCCAAGAAUCGGCUCCAUGUGGACUUUCCUCUUGAGACUGCCAAAGAAAAGCAGAGAGCUUUUACAAAAGAAAAAUAAUGGAGCUGAGAUCUCAUCUGACCUCAGCUCAAGUGCUUCUGUACCCAUGUUGCCAACUAUUUUCAAUGGAAAGUAGCUAAUGGCUGCAAAAGCUGUCGCUAGAUGAUGUCAUUCACCAACUGUCGGCACUUUGCAACUGUUUUCCCUCCUAAUCAGU